AGGAAAAUCGUUCACUGUCUUUGGAUCCGCGGUCGAGUACGGAACGUUUUUCCUUUGAGUCAAGUGCGUUGUUCCCAGUGCCAGUGCUUCAUCAGAGCAGUAAGAAAACAUUAGAAAAGUCCUUGCUUGUUCGACUAGACGGUGAAAAUAACUGGAAUCGCUGGGGAAACAAACGUACGACCUUUGGCGACAGUCUAAAAUUGAUAAAAAGUUGGAAAAAUCUAUCACUCUCCGGUGACAAUUAGUGGCGUGUCCGAGUUCAUCGUUUUUUGCGUAUCUGGUGAUUCCGGUCCCUCCGGGAACUAGAGAGGUUGCAGAAAGCAAAAAUUGGCCGUAUCAGUGUCGCAAAUUUCGGCUGGUUGUGCAAAAGCGGCCAAUAAAGAGUGACCGAAGGAAAAAGUGUUUACGUAAUUUCGCUAAAUUUUCGUUGUGUAAUGUGAAGAAUCGUUCUCGGUUCGCGUGUGCCAAGCAGAGAGGGCCAGUUUUAGCAAAUUGUUCAACGUGUUGGAAAGAAAAGACGAGAUCCAAUUUUGCUAGUACGCGUGUAUUGGUGUAAGCCCUUUUUGUGAAAAGUCGCUCCUUCCUCUGCCACGUUCCAACUGCUGCUCGAAAAUUUGUCCCAUCGAACGGCGGCCACAGUGUUAAGGACCUUUUGAGCGGCGGUAAUAAAUUUAUUGUGUAAUGGCGUUUUUGCGAUCCGUUUCUCGCUGCAAUAGUUUUGUGUCGCGUAAAGUGUCCUCAACGUCUUUCAUUGGUGGAUCACUUCCGCCAUCAGCGCGGAAUAUUCCGUCCAGCGAUGUCCUUGUCGCGGCAAGCUAUCAGGCCUCAUCGAUCUAUCUUAAUCAAGUUCUGGCAGGAGGACAGUUCCACCAGCGUAGAUUCCGAUCGGUGGCAGCCGCAACCAAUACCAGUGGAGUCCACUUGGCCAAGCAGCAGAAUGAUCCAAGUUCGCCCCAGCGGGAUCCGCUGGAUGUCAGUUUCAACGAUCCGAACGCUGCUUUUAAAAGCAAAACCACACUAGAGCUGAUCCGGGCGUACUUUGUGUACAUGCUGUGUUCGUCCUCGUUUCUGGUAGAGAACAACAUGAAGCUCAUGAAGCUAACGAAAGCCAUUAUCGGGGACAGACUGUUCGUCCAAUUGAUGAAGUCAACCUUCUACGGACACUUUGUCGCCGGAGAGGACAGAAUCCUGAUCGUGCCGACGCUUGAAAGAUUGCGAUCGUUCGGCGUUAAACCCAUUCUAGACUACUCGGUAGAGGAGGAUCUGUCCCAGGAGGAAGCAGAGAAGCGCGAAGUUGAGGCUUCAGUAUCUUCCACUGGAACAAACCUUUCAGGUGAAGCUACCUCUCUGCCCCAGUACAGCGUGGACAAAACGUUCGCGGAUCGGCGCUACAAAGUACAAAGUGCUCGCACCUACUUCUACCUGAAUGAGGCAACUUGCGAGCGGAACAUGGAGACGUUCCUGGAAUGUCUGGAUGCUGUCAAAGGUGCUACUUUCGGAACUGGAAUCACUGCCAUCAAGUUGACAGCACUUGGUAGACCUCAGUUGCUGCUUCAACUCUCCGAGGUCAUCAUGCAAGCGCGUCACUACAUGAUGGAACUGGCAGGUGCCACCGGUAACGUGCUAUCACAUCACAAAACCAUCAAGGACUUGGAACGAUACCUGAGCAACGUAGCCGAGAAAAAGGAAGUCAAGGAGUUCUUGGAGAAGGUUACCUCCGAUAAAGAUGGAAUUCUGCACUUGUUCCCCUGGACGGGAAUCAUCAAUGAAGACUGCGAGUUAAGUGAAACGUUCCGGGUGCCUGAUCCUGUCUCCGGACAGAUGCGUCGAUUGAUCUCUCAGAUUCCCCCCAAAGAGGAAGAAAUGUUCCGCAAUAUGAUCAGACGAUUGAAUACAAUUGUUAAGACUGCUCAAGAUCUGGACGUGCGCAUAAUGAUUGAUGCCGAGCAGACCUACUUCCAACCUGCAAUUUCUCGCAUCACCCUGGAGAUGAUGCGAAAAUACAAUACCGAGAAAGCAAUUGUCUUUAACACGUAUCAAUGCUAUCUAAAGGAUACUUACAAAGAGGUUUGCACCGAUCUGCAGCAAGCCAAGCGACAAAACUUCUACUUCGGCGCCAAACUAGUGCGGGGAGCGUACAUUGAGCAGGAAAGAGCUCGUGCAGCUGCUUUGGGUUAUGACGAUCCAACCAAUCCUUCAUUCGAGGCCACAACGGAUAUGUAUCACAAAACGCUCACAGAGUGUUUGAGACGAAUCAGAAUCCUAAAAGAUGCCGGUGAGGAUCCAAAGAAAAUUGCCAUUAUGGUAGCGUCGCACAAUGAGGAUACGGUACGGUUUGCCAUUGAGAAAAUGAAAGAGAUUGGAAUUCAUCCGGAAGAUAAGGUGAUCUGUUUUGGACAAUUGCUGGGCAUGUGCGAUUACAUCACCUUUCCACUGGGUCAAGCUGGAUACUCCGCCUACAAGUAUAUCCCGUACGGGCCGGUCAAUGAAGUUUUGCCGUAUCUGUCGCGACGAGCCCAAGAAAACAAAGGUGUGUUGCAAAAGAUCAAAAAAGAAAAACGUCUGCUGCUGAGUGAGAUCAUGAAGCGACUGGCCAAAGGCCAAUUGUUCUACAAACCGCAGGGAAAAUACGUACCGAUCUAAGCUGUUUGAGCAGGAUCUGUAAGUUCUUAUGGCUGAUGCAUAUGUUUUUAAGAAUUGAUAUCUCUACCAUGAUCAGAGUAGUUGAAGGCGUAAAAAAUGUGCACCCUAAGUGAAAACAAUAACCGUACUAGAUUGUGUAACCAGAUCAAAAACACAAAUUUUAAUAGAUCUUUGAAAGGGCUCAUUUACCCCCCAAUUUCCAGGUGAUUUUAAAUUGUUUGUCUUAGCUUUGAUAAUAGUUAAAUAUUACGUCCGAUUGAAAAACACGCUAUAUAAAGACAUACACUCAUCCAGGUGCACUAACUUGCGCAUACUUUUUGAGCAACUAUCAAACGGAGUAUGUGUUGUGAUUGUACUGCUAAAUAUUUACCCACGUGAGAGCACCAGCAGCAAGUUGAGACUCGGAAAGUGUGUUUGAUCGAAACCUCGCAAAAGAAGGUUAAAUGAAAUAAAAGAACAAAACAAGAGUGAUGUUUCGAUCCCUUUGCUAUCGAACACCUGCUGCCAUGCGAAAAGAACAGUUUCUCGAAAUUAAUAGUAUUGGUAACAGUGAUGAUAUUAUUUUCUGAAACCAAACAAGCGCACCCUCUAUACAUACCCUUGUUUUUAUCGAGAAAAAAUCGAUUUAUUUGUGAUUGUAAUUUUAAUAGCUUGUACGAGUUAAAGCGAGUAAUUAAUAAUACAAUUUUUAUUUAUCUUGUCUAAAUUUAGGCAUCUAAGUUUGCGUCGCCAACGUGGUAUUAUUAUUCCUUUUGUUAUUAAAACCUCCCUUAAAUAAGAGAUCAGUUCUCAUACUCGAAUUAGUAUGCAAACCAAAAAACCACUACUAUACUACACAGUAGGAAGUAAAGAAACUGCCUCAGGACGACUAUUAGUAGAGGAUUGUAAGGUUCGAAAUCAUCAUCGCAAAUCAUGCAAAAUGUGCUAUAUCCUUAUCCCAGCUAAAAUAAUACGAUCUGAAUGUUGCAUUAUUACAAACCAAACUAAUACAGAAACCUGAGUUUCACUGAAUUCCUGUAUGUGUGCUACCAAAAAUAAAUCAAAUUCUUAAUGUUGAUUCAAUUUCCUAGACUGACGCGAAAAAAUGGCGAAGUUAAAUUGCUCGUCCCGAAGCAUACCGUAACAAUUAUGUAGUGGCUGUUCGGAAAACUUUCCAGUUUUACCAUUUCUACAAAGCAACAACAAAAACAAAGAACGCACUCAACACGAUACUAUUCAAAUAUUGACAAUAAUUGAACAAAAAGUUGAAAGGACACUAUUAUAACUGGAACAAGUUAAACGUGAACGGAAAUCAACUUAUGACUAAAAUCAUAUAAAUGUAAAAUGUACGUUGUAAGUUUCUGAUCAGGCGUUAGAGUUAGAAUAAAAUAAAAGCAAAAAACACUACAGCUUGCCCCUUAUUGUUCGACAAGUAGCAACGCGUUCGUACAUACAUAUUACUAGUACUGAACAGUCUUGAACUAAGGAAGUUACGGCGUGAAGCUUGAAAACUCAAAUAUACAAACGAAUUAGAAUCAAUUAAAAUAUGAAUACAUACAUACAAACUACUGUAGUAGUCAGAAUGCAACAUAUGGAGGCGACGAUGGUCGAUCAAGAAAGCUAAGCAGCAGUACAGAUGACCUGGGAGUAGGGUUGCUAGAGGAAGUGUUUUACCCGUAAGUUGUGUAAAAAUAUUUAAAUCACAAUAAAACCGAUGAAAGUGAAAA